UUGACCAGACCAGCUGUAUCUGCAGAACUCCACUGUUCUUCUAACUGGACCUUUUCUUUUACCUUGAACAGAAUACUGUUAUCCAAACAAUAAGUGGAUUAAUAGUUACAUUUAAAAAACAGCGGGUCUUACUAAUACAUAAUUAGUAUGGUUAAGUGUUAAACACAUAUUUGGGAACUAACUAUUUAAUCUUACUUAAACCGCACGGAUAUGCCUCCCAAAAAGCGGACGCCACAGAAUAAGGAAAUAAAACAAAACACUUUGGAUAACAGUAAUGGAAAGUCACCAAUUAAUGUAGAUGACUCCGUGAUAUCCCCGUCUAAACACAAAGAUAAAGACGGAGACUUCGUCGAGCUUUGCAACAAACUCCAAGUGACCAACUCCCUCUGCAACCAUGCCUGGUCCAUUUGGAAGAAAGUGUCGGAUUCGAUUGACAAACUGCCCGAUUCAACCACUAAAGAGUGGGCAGCGUGUCUGUUUGUUGCGGUGAUAGACCUGGACGUCUCAAUCCUGGGCUUCACUGAUGCACAGAAAGCUGCCGGUCUCAACGUGAAACAGUUCCUGGAGGUCCUACGGAACUUGGACGUGAACAUCGACAUCAUCAGCUCCAAAGUCAACACGGCGGUAGGCAGGCUGGAGAAGAAAUACGACGUGUCCCUGGCCCUCUAUCAGAAGUUUGACAAGAUAUGGCACGACAUCUAUUCUCAGGCCUCUGAUGCUCAGAGCACUGAGAUCUUCAAGAGCAUCUGGACCAUGUUCCUGUUGGCCAAAGGAAGUUUUCUGCAGAUGGAGGAUGACCUGGUCAUCUCCUUUCAGCUGCUGGUCUGCGUGCUGGAGUUUUUCAUCAAGCGCAUUUCUCCUUCACUUCUUAAGCCACAGUACAACACCAAGGUGACUCCGACACGGAGCUCCCGGCGUAACCAGACCAAGGCCAAGCAGCGGCCGCCAGAGCUGAACGAAGCCCUGCUGGAGGUGCUGUGCAAAGAGAACGAGUGCAGCCUGGACGAGGUGAAAAAUUUGUACGAGACUGUCUUUUGUCGUUUUUUGGAAUCCUCUGGCGUUUUGAAGAUUCAGGACCUUCCUACGUUUGAGGAGCUGUCUUUGAAGUAUGAAGACACUGUUCACAAAACCAAGGACUUUGAUGGCAGACUGUUCUUUAACAGUCAAGAACAAUCUCACCAGGAAAAAGCCAUACCGCAAGUGGAGUGCACGCCUAAGAAAAGCCUGUCUCUUGAGCCCCCUCUUGUUGUUCCACAGACCCCUGUGAGGGCGACCUUGUACUCCGUUCAGCAGCUGAAGGUGUCCCUCACCUCAGCCAGCGACCAGCCAUCGGAGAUACUCAUGACCUACUUCAAGAACUGCACCGUGAACCCGACUGAGGGGAUCAUCAGGCGGGCGGAGCGGCUGGGGGAGCAGUUCAGCCAGGCCUUUACCCAGGUGGUGGGAUCAGGCUGCUCCGGACAUGCCAACCAGAGGUUUGCCCUCGGUGUGCGGCUGUACUACAGGGUGAUGGAAUCCUUACUCAAGUCGGAGGAGAAAAGGCUGUCAGUACAAAAUUUUAGUAAACUUCUGAAUGACUCUACGUUCCAUUCAUCGCUCUUGGCCUGUGCCCUGGAAGUUGUCAUGGCAACCUAUGGCAGCGGCUUGGCCACAGACACGGACCUGAGCUUCCCCUGGCUCCUGGGGGUGUUCCAGCUGCACGGCUUCGACUUCUACAAGGUGAUCGAGAGCUUCAUCAAGGCCGAGCCCAGCCUCAACCGCGACAUCGUCAAGCACCUGGAGCGCUGCGAGCACAUGAUCAUCGAGACCAUCGCCUGGAGGACGAACUCGCCUCUGUUUGAGCUGCUGCAGCAGGCGGAGGACAGCCGCCCAGAGCCGGCCGAGCCCCCUGCCGUCCUCCACCACCCGCCGCAGCACAGCCACACCGCAGCAGACCUCUACUUGUCGCCAAUGCGCCCGGGCACCAGACCCCUGCCGGCCCCCUCUCAGGAGAGGAGCCCCCCCUCCUCCACUGCACCCCAGCCCCCCACCGCAGCAACAGCAGCAGCCACCAGCUCUCAGCCCCCCGCCCACACCUCCAGACCCCCCCGCUCCAACUCUCUCAGCCAUUUUUACAAGAAGUUGUACAGGGUGGCCUACCUGCGUCUGAAGAAGUUGUGUACGCCGCUGCUGUCUGACCAUCCGGAGUUGGAACCCAUCAUCUGGACCCUGCUGCAGCACACACUCAAGGACGAGUACGACCUGCUGAGGGACCGACACCUCGACCAGCUGCUGAUGUCAGCCAUGUAUGCCAUCUGCAAAGUGAAGUUUGUGGACCUGCGCUUCAAGACCAUUGUGACAGCAUACAAGGAGCUGCCAAACACUAACCAAGAGACAUUCAAGCAUGUGCUGAUCUCGGAGGGCAAGUAUGACUCCAUCAUCGUCUUCUACAACAUGGUGUUCAUGCAGAAGCUGAAGACCAACAUCCUGCAGUACGCCUCCUCCAGGCUCCCGACGCUGUCCCCCAUCCCCCACAUCCCGCGCAGCCCCUACAAGAUGCCCAACUCCCCGCUGCGCGUCCCCGGCAGCAGCAACGUCUACGUGUCGCCCAUGAAGAACUGCGCCUCCCCCAUGACGCCGCGCUCCAGGAUCUUAAUAUCCAUCGGGGAGUCAUUUGGGAACUCCGAGAGGUUCCAGAAGAUUAAUGAGAUGGUGAAGAGCAGUGAGUGGACCCUGAAGAGGAGAGCAGACGGCGCCGGCGGACCCAAACCCCUCAAGAGGCUACGCUUCGACAUGGACGGCCAGGACGAACCGGACAGCAGUAAACCCAGUGGUGGAUCAGCCCUGAUUCAGAAGCUCACAGAGAUGAACUCGACGCGUAGCCGCAUGCAGGAACAGAAGAUGAAGGAGGAAGCCGAGUUGAUGAGGGAGGAAGUCUCCACAUCUGCGGAGAAAAACGAGUGAGCCUCGUCAGACAUCCGGUGGGGGGGCAGACAGCAGGAGGUGAUUUUGCAUUGUGGUCUUUGUAGGCUCUAAAUUAUUUUGCGAUGGUGCUCGUCUGCGUUUGAUUCACCGUGAGAGAUGCCUACUCCAUAUGAUCUCAGUAGGACGCGAGGAACUUAAAGUUGAAUUUGGUGAUGAUUGAAGUACUGUCAAGGCCAAGGUUAGGGUUAGGAAUAUAGUUGUAGGAUAACAUGGAUAAAUAAACUGUUAGCUCGUGAUAAUUAACGACUUUUGUGACCUUGCACUCACCUAACCAAAUUGCUAAUCCUAACCCCAAACCAAUCAUGAACAAGUGGCCUUGUGAAUGCUGAAGAGUCUUCCCGAACCAACCCAAUCACAGACGAGUUCUCAUCAGUCUUCCCCAAACCACCCUGCAAAAAACCUGAAAUGUCACCCAGGACAGGCUUUAGGAUACAGCUUGGCCAGCCCUCACUGAGACCCAGAGCUUAUCAUGUAGCUGCGCACCAUAGAUAUAUAGGACAUUAGAGGUCACGUUCAGCCUUAUGACGUGUGCUCAUACCGGGUGCCACCAUCUUGGUACGUUGUUCAUAUGUUUGUCACAGUAUCAUUUUUUUGGACGUAUUAUACUUUUAUUUCAAUAGGACAGUAUGAAAGAUUUGGUAGGUUUGGUAAAUGACCCAUGUCUGACUCACACUUGGGCCCCCAUGGGCAUCAUGCAAGCUCAUACUGUGUAUGGACGGACGGGUGCCCUACCAGCGCAGUGCUCCACAGCAUCCCCAGUAUCAGCAUUACUGCCACCUACUGGAAGAUUUUCAUAUAUCCUUGGUGCCCAAUUACCCUUCAGUCAUUCAAGGAGCAUCGACUUGGGUUGUAUGCUCUCCAAUAGAUGUCAAGUUGGUGGCAUAUAGUGUUCUACAUCUGUGGCGACGUGCACCCUGUCUGGGUCUAGCUGAAUCAUGGACUUUUGGUUGGGAUUUCCCCGUCCUUUUUGGUUUAUUUUUAUUUUUGUUUUUUUAAUAAUCCCUAACCCCAUACCUUCAGACUGUUUGUGUGUUAGCAAAGCUUUACAGACAAGUGCCUGUGAAGAAAUUAAUCAUGUUGUUCCCUGAAUUUUUACAAAAAAAAGUAGAGUUUAAGUUUAGUUUGGAUAUCUUGUGUUGAGGAUAAAAGUGAAAGUCAAAGGACUUACUGACUAAAAAAUUUUUUGAAUUCAUGAAUAUUUAUAAAAUAUUCAGAACCUUUUUUUUAAGUAGAAGAGUUUUGUCGAAAAGAUAACUAUUCAACUCCUGUGGUGUUUUGUGAAAUCAAAUAUCGGAUCAUAAUAUAUAGAGGAGGUUUGUUGGAUAUUGGUUUUAUUUUGUUUUAUGAUUUUUUUUGUGAGUUUCACUACCUUACUGUGAUGGUCCAAAGUUUUUUUUUUAAGGCUUUUGAUAUUUCACAAACCGUGUUUACCAAUUUUAUAAUGUGGUUAAUGGAAUGGGAAGAGUGCUUUCAUGACUGUGGAAAAUGAAAUGAAAACCUUUGGACAUUGCCUCUGGUUAAGAAUAAAUGUAUUAUGCAUCUUUGCUAUAA